AUGACAAAACCACUGCUUCAGUUGAAAUUCCGAAAAGUGGUCGACGUAAAGCGCGAAAAGGAACUCGACGAGAGGCGGAAGAAUGAGAAAUUGGUGCUGAGUGCGGAUCAUCCGGUGCGAAAAUUGCUGCUGAGAAUGCGAGAACGACAUGGAACACGCAUAUUUCCAUCACCAAUCCUGGGUGAUCAUGAAAGGGCGUUGAGGAAACUGGACCACAAUAAAACUGCAUCGUUGGCCUCGUUGAAUGAAUACGAUCAAUCAGUUGGUAAUCAUAUUGCCCGUGGAGGACAUCGGCAUCAUUUGCACGGACGAAAACCUCCACCGCUGAUAAAACGAGCCACUGUUGGUGAGGACGGCAUCGCGCAUAAAGGUGCUUGGAUGAUCGCAGACUCAAGACGGGACAUCCACCGAACGUCAAGCGAGGUAUAUGUGAUGUUGAGCGAUGUGAAAAAGUGUAUUGAAUCACUGAACGAGAGAAUGCGAACAAUUGAAAAUCUAUCAACGCGAUUGCUUUCUGUGGAAGGACAUCUUCUUGAGGUUUGCGGAUCACAACGAGCGACGGUGCAGGCGGUUUCAUAUGUUGACUCCGGUUCUGUAACACGCUCAACCAUCGGUACUGGUGGAAACGGUACGAUUGCAACCAUAUCAGCCAUAGUUGAUGAAAUAAGCGAACAACCGCCACCAAACACAUCUGCAGCGCCGCCAUAUCAUGUCCCACUGACGACAUAUCCGUUCGGUCAGACUCAUCAGCAGCAGCAGCAAUUGCGUGAUCAUCACCAUCACCAUUCACCUUCGGUUGUUCCACCGCUUCGACAGUUGGACGUGGAAAGUGCCUGGCAUGAAGCAAUGCCACUCAGUACGGUGCCAUCAAUUCAAUUCGACUCUAAUUCCAGUCAUCGCCGCAGCCGCUCGUCUUCGUCAAGUCCUCCGGAACGAAAGCGUGUCUGA